GCGACGCUGUCGCCAAUGCGCAAGGCAUCAUCGAUUGGUUUGGAAUACCAUCAUCCCAGUGGUUCUCAGACCCUCUGGGUCUUAGAACUUUACACCAUGAUGUGGAUCAACACUUUUCUUCUGUGCAUCGCAUGUGCUUGGGCAUAUGUCGAAAAAGGCGAUAUUUUACCCGAAAUUUUCCUGGAACAACUAGCUGACAGAAUUCAGAGAGAAAACGACUUGAGCUACCUGGAUAUCGACAAUUCAAACCCUCUCGGAUCAAGAUCUCUGGAAGAAGAACGCUUCGAUCCUUUGGAUUACGAUUUGGGGGACGCCCCACUUCAUCCAAGUAUCAGGGAUCAGGAGUACUUGAAACAUAGUAGUCUCUGGAGCUCGAAGUAUUCUGGAGGUCAAUCCGCUGGGGGGAUGGAUCAACAACCGCAUUCUGCUACACUAGGCAUCACAACCAAGGCCAAAAACACCCUGCCUGCUUAUUGCAACCCUCCUAACCCUUGUCCAGUUGGAUUUGGCGCUGAGGAAGGUUGCUUAGAAGACUUUGAAAAUACAGCCGCUUUCAGUAGACGGUUCCAGGAUGCUCAGGACUGUAUGUGCGACGCAGAGCACAUGUUUGAUUGUCCUUCGAACAGGGAUCCUUUUCUCGACAACUCUAUGGAUGGAUUUAACGGUUUUGAAUUCAACAGUUUUGUACAGCAGCAACUUCAGGACAAUUCAAUGAACCCUUUCCUCUUCGGAGAACGACUUCCUGUUGCUGCUAAAAAAGGCAACCGUGUACUGUAAUCUGAUAUAUAAAAUAAUGUAGUUAUAGUUUUAUUCAGAGGAAUAUAAUAAAUAUGAUUAUAUCUGGCAACGACCUGGCAAUGAAAAAGGACCACGAGCAUAUUAUAUUACCCUAUUUAUAUAAUCCAUACAUUCAACGAAAAUUUCGAGUGAGGAUUAUAAAGAAUACAUUAUAUAGCUUUAAGUGUUUAUUACUAGCAAUUUUAAGAAAAAGGCCCCAUAAUUAAGGAAAGAUGCUCAGUAUUCUCUUACAAAAUGGAGCUACUACUGAAAAUAGCCAAUGGCGACAAAUUUAGAUAUAAUUGGGAUCCACAUUCCGCAUGAAGAUACAUCUUGCAUGCACUCUACUCCAACGAGUCUCUUCAGGUGGAAUCUUUGGUCAAAACCUAUCUAUUAAGACACCGGGGUAUUUUGAGAAUAAGCGACGGCCCUAUUGGUCUUUAUUAGUUGAGCCACGCUGAAUUUGUGACUUCGAAUAUCGUUUGAAGCCAGGGAUUGAUCCUGCCCAUCUGAAGAAAACCAGUUCGGGAAUUUACAAAAUACCUCCUAUACUGCUAGGUCAGUAAAUAAGAAUUAAGAUCAAUGUGUAUUAAUGUCCCCAAGUGUAAGAACAUGUAAUCUUACAUAUAUGAUUUCUGCAAAGUCUUAUUACUCUCUUAUAUGGAUAAAACAUUCAAAUGAAGUGCCAGACCAUCGUGGUAUAUUGAUAUGAACAAUCUAUAUGUAUAGGUGUUUAAUACUAAUAAGUGUUUAAUAUUAUUACUUAAUCAUUUAUUGUUAACUGCUUCAAAGUCUAUCUAGAAAAGCAAACAGUUUUUCUCUCUGAUCUACUCUUAGUUCGAUGUCUAAUAAAAUGUAUUCCUUGAUGUGUAA